AUGGUAUUUGUGAUACUCAGUCUCAAAGGUCAUCAAUUCGUUGGUUUUAACAUGGGUGGAGACGAAUCUACCAACGAAAACAUAAUCUCACUAUCAUUGACCACACUUUUACACCUGAUAAGUGAUAAAAUUUUGGUUCCCAAAGAAGAUUUCAAAAAUCCAAAGAGAGAAAGUACUAAGAGUGGAGAAAAUGGAAAAACUAUCGGAGAUAUAGUAUUAUUCACCAGUGAGUCAAAGAUAUUAGGCGAUCUUCCACACAAAGAAGCAUAUGAAAAAACAUCGAAAGCAGUUGGAAGAAUAUUUGUAAGUUUUAAGAUACCAAAUAAAAAAGAGCUAUCAUGGUUUGGUGGAACUGGGUUCUGUGUAAAGAAGGAUCUUGUUAUGACAGCAGCUCAUGUCACCGCUUAUCCUGUAAAUAUAAAUGCACCAUUAGAAACUCAAGAGAUGCAAAGAAAUCUUAAGCAUGAAAAGAUCUAUAUAUUCUUUGGUACCGAUGCCACCACAGAGAGUGAGGUCGACCUCGAAAAUAUUAAUCCAACGACAAUGUACGAGUUGGAAUCCUAUGGAAAACUUGAAAGUAACUAUCCUCUGGUUGUCAGUGGAGAUGACAAUAAGCAACAUCCGUGGCAUCCCAACGAUUUAGAGGUUCUCAAGUUCAAAGGAAAACCACCAACAGACAUUGACAUUCUAUUCCCAAUUCUUCCAACCGAUGACCGCCAAGUUGUCCACUAUGCUAUGGGAUAUCCUAACUACGUAAAUUUAAAUGAUUUUGUAUCGAGCUACGGAACUUCCGACACAAAUAAUUUAAUUAUCCUCUACACCAAUGUGUCUCAGCAGUCUCGUAAUUUCGAGAAAAAGACUAUCUUUAUAGAAAAAAUUGCAAAGUUUAGAGAUCAUGUGAUAUCACAUCAUUGUCCAACACUCAAAGGUGUAUCAGGUGGCAUUCUAGCAAUCAGUCAGCAUGAAAGAAAGUUCGUUGGUGUUCAUCUUGGUGGUAAUUCAGUAAUAGGAAAUUUUGCAAUCUCUGUCACACAUCCAACAUUCUGGCAUCUUUACAAAACCUUUGUUCUUGAUGGUCAAUUCAUUAAAGAAAACUAUAAACACUUGGAAGAUUAUUUAAAUUAUUUUAAAUAUACAUCUCCAAAAAAAACUUUUUAA